AAAAAAAUCGUCUUCACUGGAGUUCAGCAUGAAGUCUACCAUUGAGCCCCUCCGCACUCCUCAGGAAAACAGUCGCCUCCAUCCUCCCAUGAUCUCUCUCCUCUCUUCCCCCGCUCCAUAGAAUCCCUCAACGUCACAGCAGUCCUUCCUACAAGUUGGGCAACGACGGAACAUCGUGAAAAGUGGACAAGUUGCUGCAUCGAUUUACGGGAGUUGCGUCGACAAGAUCCAGAAUGCUGAAACCAGAAUGGAUCCUCCAGGUCAUCUGAGACAGUGUCAGUGUGUCCUCCCUGCUCUCCCUCCUUUGUGGUCCUCUGGUCCCCGAGCCUCGUACCACGGGGAACCGUCUGCCUCCUCCUCUCCUGGCAGCAGCCCCCCUGUAACGGCGUAGAGGUGGAUUAGCGACCCUGUAAAUAUGCCUGGAUGGAGGUCUCAGUGCCGUCUCGUCCUGCUGAACUCCCUGACCUGCGGCCUGGAGAUCUGCGUGGCAGCUGGGAUCACAUACGUGCCCCCCCUGCUGCUGGAGGCUGGGGUAGAGGAGCAAUACAUGACCAUGGUGCUAGGUAUCGGCCCAGUGUUAGGUCUCAUCUUCAUCCCUGUGAUUGGCUCAGCCAGUGACCACUGCAACAGCAGCUAUGGCCGCCGUCGGCCCUUCAUCUGGCUGCUGUCCCUGGGUGUCCUCCUAGCCCUCCUCAUCAUCCCCCAUGCCGACCUGCUGGCUGCCUACUUCACCUGGGGCGGACGCACCCUAGAAGUGGCCUUCCUCAUCCUCGGUGUGGGCCUGCUUGACUUCUGUGGCCAGGUGUGCUUCACGCCGCUAGAGGCGCUCCUCUCGGACCUGUACCGCGACGAGGAGGACUGCAACCAGGCCUUCGCCAUGUUCUCCUUCAUGGUUAGCCUCGGGGGCUGUGUGGGCUACCUGCUGCCUGCGCUGGACUGGAGCCGGGGCCUGCUGUCCGUCUACCUGGGCGGCCAGGCAGAGUGCCUCUUCUUCAUGCUCAUCCUCAUCUUCGUGAUCAGCGUGCUGAUCACCAUGAAGGUGUCGGAGGAGCCACCGUGUGCUGGUGUGGCGGCCCUGGAGCCAGCUCCUCUCCUAGAGGCGGGCCGCUGCGGCAUUCCACGCUCCUGCUGCUACCUGCUCAAAUGCAAACUGCGGCUGAUCAAGUCGGGCCCGCUGCUGUGCCUGCUGAGGACGUUCUGGUCCAUGACGCCAGCCAUCUACCGCAGCUACUGCCACGUGCCCCAGGUAAUGAGACAGCUGUGCGUGGCCCAGCUCUGCAGCUGGAUGGCCGUCAUGUCCUUUAUGCUCUUCUACACAGACUUUGUGGGGGAGGGCCUGUACGAGGGCGUGCCCAGUGCCGCUCCCGGAACCGCCUCCAGGCAGCGCUACGACGACGGCAUCCGUAUGGGCAGCCUGGGCCUGUUCCUGCAGUGUGCUACCUCUACUGUCUUCUCCCUGCUCAUGAGCCGACUGGUCCGUCAUUUCGGCUCGCGCCGGGUCUACCUGAGCAGCAUGGUGAGCUUCACCAUCUCUGCCCUGGUCAUCUGUAUGUCCAAGAGUGUGGUCCUGGUCACCGUGAUGUCGGCUCUGACCGGCUUUGCCUAUGCCACGCUGCAGACGCUGCCCUACACCCUCACCUGCCACUACCACAAGGAAAUGGAGGUUUACAUGCCAAAAAAGAAAACAAAAAACUUGCUUAAGUACGGGAUUGUGAUCAAGCAGGACUCGAUCACGCCAGUGGCUGAGGAGGGGGGGCUGGCCCACAAACUGGGGGGCAACAACGGGCAUGCCUUCUUCAGCCAAGACGGCUCGGACUACUACCCCCCUCCCCAAGGCCAGAAUGGGUCGUCCCACAAAACCACGGGCCCCGAGCAGGAUGAGCCAGAGGGCUACGAGAAGCGCGGCGUAGGGUUGGACUUUGCCAUCCUGGAUAGCACCUUCCUCCUCUCUCAGGUCUUUCCCACUCUCUUCAUGGGCAUGAUCGUUCAGUUCACAAAGUCCGUCACUGCCUAUAUGGCCUCCUCCGCCAUCUUUGGCAUCAUCGCCAUCUAUCUGGCCAACCACAUCAUCUUUGACCAAAAGGACCUCAAGAGCUGAAAGAACCAGGAACCAAGAGUGAAGGAAUGCACCCCUGGCUGCACUACCACUCCCUGCGCUUGCAACGCUCCAGUGUCUUCGCUGACCGUUGCCAUGGCAUUACCAAUGAAUUGCAAUGAGGCAGCCCGUUUAUACAUUUGUGUGUAUGUGUGUGGCAGGAAUGAAAGGAAAAUGUAUACCCAUGACAAUUGUUCCCUCCAGAAUUUACUGCAGCUAGUUACUGUGUCUACAAGAGAGAGACUGUGUCUGUGUAUUUAGAGUGUCUCUCACCUUGUUCCUCUCAGACACGUAGAUGGCCUCUCAGAAGGGUCAUUUCUCCUUCUCCUCAGGUACAGCUAGCUUCACAGCAUGAGCGGACUCCAUCGGCCCUUAGACAACUGGAAUACAGAUUUAUUACCAUUUCACUCUCGUCUAUGUGAGGAGUUUGUCAAUGCUAUAUAUUUAAAACAGUCUGCUGUUAGGGCUGGAUUCAAUCCGUACUGUGGAAGAUCUGUGUUAAAAUGUAAAUGUAAUUUCCGAAUAAGCCGACAGCAUUUACCGUGAAUGCAGUAAGCGGGAAUGCGGGAACAUUGCCUAUAACGUGGAUCUUCCGCGAUACUUCUGCAAUAUGGAUCGAAUCCAGCCCUUAGUCAAAGUCAACAGGAGAUUAUUGCCCACUUCUAAUGCAGACUGGCCAAGAGAGAAAAAUACCCAAUUUGGAGAGCCCAUCACCUGCUUGGGAAAGGAUCUGGGCUCACAUAGCUCCAUGCUGCUAAUGUAGGGGCAUUUCUGUCUGUUUGUUAUUCUCAGCCAGGUUGUGCUUGCAGUCACAAUGGGUGGAUUAUGCAUUGCUUACUGAAACAUACAUGUUAUCACACACGUGAUAAGUCCAAUGAGACCAUUGGACUUGUUCGUCAAGAAACUGCAAAUAGAAAAAUUGGGAAUAACUUGGGUAACUGGCCCCUAGGGUAACUGGACCCUAGUUUUGGAUGGUUUUUGAUAAUAAACAGGUUUACUGUAUAUAUUUUGUAUAUGAAUUCAUAUAUUUAUAUUCCUAUGGGAAUUUCUUAUGCAACCUGUUUGGGUGAGGUCAUCUGCGUAACUGUGGUGUUGUUAGAAUGAAGUGGCUCAAUGGCAUCAUUGCAUUUUUGUUUGAAGUCUGUCAUCUCAGGAUAGUCACCUCUUUUCUAGAAAUUUCAGACAGUGCCAUAUUGUGCUAUUUAUUACAUCAUUUCUACUGCCAUUAUCACGUUCAAUCUGAAAUGACACUAGGAAAGUAAAUGAGGUGAAUUAACCAAUGCUGUAAAAAAUUCAGGUGCACUUCUUUUUGGAAACUCAAUUAAUAUUCCCAUGAGCAAAAUACCAAAAAGUCAUACUAGCAACACUGCAGCGUUACAGUGAACUGGGUUACUGAAAAUAGUUUUGGUAUGCAAGAUGACAGUUUUUUGUGUUCUGUCAUAUUUUUUAUGCUUUUCUCAUUGUACAUCUCUUUGGAAGGUCAACAUGGGUCUGUGAAAAGGUGUGUGUGUGUUUUUUGUUGUUGUUUAUUUUACUAUCCUUGUGGGGACCAGAAGUCCUCACAAGGAUAGUAAAACAAGGAAAAUUCGGACAAGUGGCGACAUUCCACCGGUCCCCACAAGGAAAAAGGCUGAUUUAGAGGUAAGGGUUAGAAUUAGGGUUUGGAGUAAGUGUUAGGUUUAGAGUUAAGGUUUAGGGACUCAAUUGUUUGGUCCCCACAAGGAUAGUAAAACAAACUUGUGUGUGAAUUUCAUUGCAGUGGAGAGAGCAAGGCAACAUGACAUGACUUUGGAUGCAGUCUCUCCUGGAGUUCCAGUCACCUAACAGAAUACUGCACACAAAUAAUAGCUAUAAGCUACAGACUUUCUGUAUCUCAUCUGCUGCUGUACACUGUGGCCAGUUUAUUAGGUACAACCAUUUAGUACUGGGUCGGACACCCCUUUGCCUCUAGAACAGCCUGAAUUCUUCGGGGCAUGGAAACUUCGCUCAACUGUUACCGUUGACACCAAGCAGGAUUGGGCCAUGGACUCAUAUUGUUUACGCCAAAUCCUGACACAACAGGAACUGUGAUUUGUCAGAUCAGGCUAUGUUUCUCCACUCCUCAAUUGUCCAGUGUUGGUGAUUGCGUGCACACUGGAGACGCUUCUUCAUGUUUUUAGCUGAUAGGAGUGAAAUCCGGUGUGGUGGUCUGCUGCAAUAGCCCAUCCGUGACAAGGACUGACAAGUUGUACCGUUCUUUUCCUGUUUGUGACCCACCUGUUAGCUUGCACGAUUCUUGUCAUUCUCCUUCGACCUUUCAUCAACGAGCUGUUUUCACCCAUACGACUGCUGCUAACUGGAUGUUUUUUGUUUGUCGCACCAUUCUCGGUAAACCCUAGACACUGGCCGGCCGUUUCUGAGAUACUGGAACCAGGCGCACCGACGAUCACGCCAUGCUCAAAGUCGCUUAUGUCACUCAUUUUGCCAAUUCGACCGUUCAAUCGAACAGUAACUGAAUGCCUCGAUGCCUGUCUGCCUGCUUUAUAUAGCAAGCCAAGGCCAGGUGACUCACUGUCUGUAGGAGCGAACCAUUUUCAUGAACAGGGUGGUGUACCUAAUACACACACAGUAAUCAAAAUAUAUUGUGGCCUUCAGUUAUUCUUCAAACUUGGAGUUUUGUUAGUAAAACGCUUGUGUUACAAUCAAUAUGUUAUGUUAUAUGCAUUCGGUGUAUGAUUUGCCUACUUUUUCUGACUUUCAAUCAGAAAUAUGGCUGUAUAAUAACCAAACAUAAUGUAAUAGCUCAUUUAUGCAAUGAUGAGAUUGGCUAAAUACACUUGUUUUUUGUAAUAUUUCAUUGGCAGUUAGUGAAAGAUAAUACCAGGUCACUCAUCGUUGAAAACCAAUUACUAAACAGACAUGGUAACUUUUUGAAAAUAACAGUUGACUUUGAGAAGAUUCCCCCAGCACACAGACAAGUAAAUACUAAUCUGACGUACUGUAGAGCAUAUGGACAUACUGCCAUGCGCCUUGGGGAUAUAGCAACGUUUUGCAAGUGCCUCUAGAAAUGUUUUUAUUUUUUGGACAUAACUAUUUAUUUAUUGUUCUUUUAAAAAUCAUAAGCACAUAUUAAAGUAUUUAGCAUUAUUUUUUGUUGCAUCUGCCAAAAGUGUAAAGGGCAAAAGCUAUUUCUGUGAAAAACAAUUAUAAAUUGUUAUUUUUUUGUGUAGAUGUGGUAAGAGACAUCUUGACUUCAGCGCUAUAAUUUAUUUGAAUUUUCUUCCAUCCCACUCGUUCAUCGUGGGUUGCUUACACUCAGAUAGCUUAUUGAUCUCGACUGCUGUCAAUGUGUCCCUGUAGGAUGGCAAAGUUAUACUACGUAUCAUUAUUUCAUUGCGGCACUGUAAGUUGUCAGGAAUCCAACUCAACUCACAAAGUUGAUGAUUUCCUGGUUUACCUUGCAGAAUAGUACAUUAAUAUUUAAACACAUGGUUUUGUUUUCGCUUUUAAGUUGUUGGUUUCAUCCGGACUAUUUCCUCUAUGAGUUCUGGUUUUAAAGGAGCAACUUGCUGGAUGUGCAUGUCUUCGUGAUGACUAAUACCUUUGCAGAGUAUGGUAAACAACCUGUUGUAUCCUUAUUUAUUAGUAAACAGGAAGUAGUCAAUACUGUUGCAUCAGGAUAAUUUAUAACCACUGUAUUGUUUCUCUGUGUUGAGUUUCCCCUAUAUUUCGUUAUGUUGAUAUUUGUUAGACAUACACUAUAUAUACAAAAGUAUGCGGACACCCCUUCAAAUGAGUGGAUUCUGCUAUUUCAGCCACACUCGUUGCUGACAGGUGUAUAAAAUCGAGCACACAGCAUUUCAGUCUCCAUACAAACAUUGGCAGUAGAAUGGCCUUACUGAAGAGCUUAGUGACUUUCAAUGUGGCACCGUCAUAGGAUGCCACCUUUCCUACAAGUCAGUUUGUCAAAUUUCGGCGCAUGCUCACAGAAAGUUGCCACCGGGUGCUGAAGAACAUAGCGCAUAAAAAUCAUCUGACCUCAGUUGCAACACUCAUUACUGCGUUCCAAACUGCCUCUGGAAGCAACGUCAACACAAUAACUGUUCAUCUGGAGAUUCAUGAAAUGGGUUUCCAUGGCUGAGCAGCCGCACACAAGCCUAAGAUCACCAUGCGCAAUGCGUCCAUUGGAGUGGUGUAAAGCUCACUGCCAUUGGACUCUGGAGCAGUGGAAAUGCAGUCUCUGGAGUGCUGAAUCACGCUUCACCAUCUGGCAGUCCAACGGACGAAUCUGGGUUUGGCGUAUGCCAUGAGAAUGCUACCUGCCAACUGUAAUGCAGCCAAUUGUAAAGUUUGGUGGAUGAGGAAUAAUGGUCUGGAGCUGUUUUUCAUAGUUCGGGCUAGACCCCUUAAUUCCAAGAAAGGGAAAUCUUAACGCUACAGCAUACAAUGACAUUCUAGACAAUUCUGUGCGUACAACUUUGUUGCAACCGUUUGGGGAAGUCCCUUUCCUGUUUCAGCAUGUCAAUGCCCCUGUGCACAAAGCGAGGCCCAUACAGAAAUGGUUUGUUGAGAUCGUUGUGGAAGAACUUGACUGGCCUGCACAGAGCCCUGACCUCAACCCCGUUGAACACCUUUGGGAUGAAUUGGAACGCUGACUGCAGGCCUAAUCGCCCAACAUCAGUGCCCGACCUCACUAAUGCUCUUGUGGCUGAAUGGAAGCAAGUCCCCGCAGCAAUGUUCCAACAUCUAGUGGAAAGCCUUCCCAGAAGAAUGGAGGCUGUUAUAGCAGCAAAGGGGGGCCAACUCCAUAUUAAUGCCAAUGAUUUUGGAAUGGGAUGUUAGACAAGCAGGUGUCCACAUACUUUUGGUCAUGUAGCGUAAGUAACCAUUGAAUUUAAAUAACUUAACAACAGUGUUGUGGUUCUUUAAUUAUGUGUCCAAAUGCCCAGUGUUUAGGUUAGUUGGGUCUCAAGAUAGCAAGUGCCAAGGGUCACAUUUAAGAUGGCUUUGGUUAAUUGACAAAACUGUUUUGUAAAUGUGCUGGGGUGUAUAAGACUUAAUCAGGGAUCUAUUCACAUUGGUCCUAUUUGCUGAGGACUGUAUGAUUAUGAAUCUGCUAUUAUGUCCUCAGUUUUAAUUGAUGCUCCAAAUGUGUUGUUCUUUGUGUUUUCAGCCUUCAUAAAAAUCAUAUAAUAUUAUUUUGAUUAUAAAUCCCUCAGCUUGGGUAUUGUGCAGUCACCAAAUAGAUUUUUUUUAAUACAAAAUAAAUGUACUGCAUUGAAAAAUGCUUGUCUGAGA